AUGUCUUCAGAUAAUCACAAUGAUGAUCAUUGUCAUCAACAACAUCACAACAACAACAACAACAAUAACAACAACACUGAAACAAAUAUAGAUAAAGACAGUGGAGUUGUAAACAUAGAUAUAGAGAAUGAAUCAUUCUUGAAAAGGAGGAUAAGGAAGUACUUGGAGGAGAAUCCUCAGCCAAAGUAUGUGAAUGUACCGUUGUUUGUACAUAAUGAUAUACCUUUGUCAACAUUCUUCAUGACGGCCGGUGCUCUCACCUCUGUCGGUUUCUUCAUUGGUGUACUGCUAGGUGCCAGAAAGAAUGGAGGCAUUCGCAACACAAUGCGUAGCGCACCUCCAGGUGUAAUUGCACUCUCACUCAAAGCACUUGCCGCUGGCAGUGCACUGAGCAUAGGUUCAACAGCAUUUCUAGUAUACGGUUUGAAGACAUAUUAUAAUGUUAAUACUGUCAAUGAGUUUGGCGAUCUGAUGUCCUCCAAAGUGUUGGGAAUGGGACUUAGUAAGAAGAUUGAAUGGGAGCAGCUGCCAGAGAGUCCACUGGCGCCUGGACAACUUCAAAAGGAUAACAAUAUAGAUGAUGAGGAUAUAAAGGAUGCGAUACAGGCAAUCUGGAAACCAGAGAACGACAUGUCUGCAAAGCGAACAAAGAACAUCAACAACAACAGCAACAACAACAGUACACAAAGUAAAGACAAUAACCAGGAUCAAGUGGAUUGA